AUGUUUUUGAAGGAUAACAAUACUAACAAUACUAACGGCUACCACCAUCAACCACCACCUCCACCACCGGAAAUGGUGCAUAAUCACAUCAACAGAGACAGAGCCCGUCGUGUCAGUCGCCGCUCACGUGUUUCCACCUCUAAUUCCCUUGUUAGGGUUUCCGAUACCGUACAACCUCAACAUCUACAACAGUCUAAUCGAUCUCCUUGCACAGAUUACGAUAUGGCGUAUUUUCAUUCCUAUGCUCACCUCGGUAUUCAUCAAGAGAUGAUCAAGGAUCGUGUGCGGACGGAUACUUAUAGGGAAGCAAUCAUGCGGCAUCAGAGUCUUAUCGCUGGCAAAGUUGUAGUUGAUGUUGGGUGCGGUACAGGAAUCCUUUCUAUAUUUUGUGCUCAGGCUGGUGCAAAGCGGGUGUAUGCAGUUGAUGCCAGUGACAUUGCUCUGCAGGCAAAUGAAGUUGUUAAAGCAAAUAACCUUUCUGAUGUUGUCAUUGUAUUGCAUGGACGAGUUGAGGAUGUUGAAAUUGAUGAAGAGGUGGAUGUUAUAAUUUCAGAAUGGAUGGGCUAUAUGCUUCUAUAUGAGAGCAUGCUUGGGAGCGUUAUUACUGCCAGAGAUCGCUGGCUCAAACCUGGUGGUCUUAUUCUUCCUUCGAGUGCAUCGUUGUACAUAGCUCCUGUCACACAUACGGACAGAUACAGUGACAGCGUCGACUUUUGGCGCAAUGUUUAUGGAAUUGACAUGUCUGCCAUGUUAUCAUUAGCAAAACAAUGUGCAUUUGAGGAACCUUCUGUGGAGACAAUAACUGGUGAAAAUAUUUUGACAUGGCCACAUAUGAUUAAAUAUAUUGAUUGCUAUUCCGUUACCAUCAAUGAGUUAGAAACCGUAACAUCGAAGUUUAAGUUCAACUCAAUGAUGCGAGCUCCACUGCAUGGUUUUGCAUUUUGGUUUGAUGUUGAGUUCAGUGUGCCUACGGUAGAGUCAUCAACAUCAGUUAUCGAGAAUAAUCAAGUGAACGGUAGUUUGAGAAAAAGACGAACAAAUCCUAGUGAAGCACUGGUCCUAUCCACUGCACCUGAGGACCCUCCAACACAUUGGCAGCAGACAUUGAUAUAUUUCUACGAUCCUAUUGAGCUGGAACAAGAUCAAUUAAUUGAAGGUUUAGUAACAUUGACACAAAGCAAAGAAAAUGCUCGAUUUAUGAAUAUUCACCUUGAGUAUACAUCAGGUAAUCGAUCGUAUGUGAAAGAGUCUGUUAUGAGAUGA